AUGUCCGCGCCUUCGAUUUCCCCCCUUCAACCCAUCCAGUCCUUUCGACUUCGCACUAUGCAUCGGUUAUCUCUAUUCUCUGCUGCUGGCGUUCUGUAUUUAAUCUCCUUCGCUACGGCACUGGGCAGCAAACAUGAUCACUGGAAUGAGCUUCGAGACCUGAGUCUCAACACGCCGAACCAGAACUCGAGGCUUCCAAUCCUCAUCGACACCUUUCAAAACCCAACACACAAUAACCUGGGCUUCUGGCAUGGCUCGGGUGAGAAUCUCACCGUACAACACGGUCCUGGUUUCAUCAGUCUCUUCCCAACCGAUCCUGAUCAAAACUUCCACACACAGUUCGACACCAACCAGUGCUACAGUCUGGUACCCUGGUUCAAUGAGUUUCUGCAUGUCGUAUUUGAGGGAACAGAUCAGUACAGUGUCUCUUUGAAUCAGCACAACGACGAAUGCAAUCCACGCCGCAGCCCGUUCCCCAGUGUCGCGGACUCCGUCCAAGCAGAGCGGUAUGUGAUGCAUUCCAGCUCGGAAUCAACGGGUGGAGACGGUGAUCGGGGCGAGAAUGAAGAUUGGGAUGAAGACGGUGACGUUGAUACCGAUUCCCUGGACAAGGAGCAUCGAAAACUUGGCCUCCUCAAGGCCCAUGAUCAACACAAGUAUCUAAAUGGAACUGCUAAAAUCCCCAAGGGACGCCGUGAGCUAUAUAUUCCACUGACCCACUUCGAGAUCGACUUCAAUCGAGUCGUGUCAGUAUCUUUUCACGGCUUCUAUACCCGCGAGCCUAUGACGCUGCACCGUGUCGAGAUCGUACCAACGGUCCCAAUGCCCUCUCGGGAAAAUGGAUACUUCCGAUUGCCCGGGAAGCUUCCGAGUGGAAGACUGGUUCUUCGGUGUUCCCGCCCGAAUUCGUUCGCUUUUGGAAUCGAUGAUGGACAGCCUCAGUUCUCGCAGCGAGUGAUGCGGAUCUUGGACGAGGAAGGUGUGCGAGUCACGUUCUUUGUGGUUGGGGCUGGAUUGAGAGACCGGUCGAGUAACUUCACGGCCUUUUAUAAGGAGAUGCUCACGAAGGGCCAUCAAGUUGCACUUCAUUCGAACACACAUCCCAAAAUGGAAGCACUUCAAACUGUUCGUGAGAUUGAUGACGAGAUCAUACAGACAGUUGAGGUAUUCAAGGACCAAUUGGGGAUCGAAUCUUCAUACUUCCGCCCACCAUUCGGAACAGUGGCUGCUCGCCUGCGCCAACAGCUAGCACGACACGUCCCAAGUCCAUACAUCGUGAAUUGGAGCGUGGAUGUUGAGGAUUGGCUCUGGGCCAAUACUUCUACCCCAGAGAAACAGCUCGACGCUUUCUAUCUGGGGGUUGAGAAGGGUGGUAACCUGGCCGUCAUGCAUUACUUGAAUCCAACCACCAUUGGAUACUUGCCGAAGUUCAUUCAGCACAUCAAGAAAGCAGGAUACCAGAUUAUGCGCAUUGAUCAGUGUUUGGAGGAUGUGGCUGCGCCGCCGCUGUGA